AUGACUUCCUUAGUAUAUAUUGUCGCGUUAGCGCUAUUUAGUCAGGUUAGAGCGGGUAUCGUGGAUUUGAAUUGUAGUGACAAUGCUACGUGUAUAGAUAAUAUGGCGAAGGACUUAGUUCAAAGUCUCCGGCAGCAGAAAACUGUAAGACUUUUCGAUACAUUCACGAUAGAACCUUUAAAGAACAGACAAGCGAGAUCCAUCCUGGACCCUCUGACAAGAUUGAUAUCAACACACGCGAUAAGCUUCGACUGGAAUGACUUCACGUUCAGAUUUUCCAAUCCGGAAGGCAGAAGUGAUGCUUUAGACUUAGAAGUUUUUGAAAGCAGAAGUGUUAAAGAUGUUUCGGAAGAGGUCCCGAAGACGAAAAGCAAGGAUGAAGGGGAUGCUGUUGAGGACAAAAAAGGAGUGCUUAAAGGACGGCCCAUUAAAAGAAGGCGGACUAGACGCAAGAUGAUGCAAGCGGUGGUACCUCUACUCUUCGGAAUGAAGUCUGCAGGAGUUGUCAUUUUUGCUUUGUUCAUGGUAUCAGUUAUAACGAUCAAGGCGUUCCUUGCAAGUAAAAUGGCUCUCAUGGUCACUGUUGGCAUGGCGAUGAAGAAACUCUACGAAAGCUAUGGUGCUGGCGUCGGAUUGCAAAACCACCCAUACCUUUACUCGCAGUAUCCCAUCGAUUUUCCGAGCGCGUCAUCACACGCGUACUCCGUUGGUGGAGUGAACCAGCAAUUUGCGUCUCCUGAGAUGUAUAGUCCCACAGCAAUGGGCUCAAAUACACACUCACACGAUUUGGUUUCAAAUGAUGCGAGUGCUCAACAGUCGCAACAAGCGCCGAGCGUUCUUAACUCUACACGAGCUGCAGAAAGAUGGGAUGGUAAGUCAAAACUGCUCAAAUAUCUCGAACCAGUAGUUGACAAAAUCAGGAGCGUCGUCGAUCCAAUCGCCAGUGUUUUUUACACAAUGCCAACGUUCAGAGGUCUCAAUUCUGACGUGUCUGCCAUAGUAGAACCAGAAGUUGAGAAAACUAAACGGCCGAGAGAAAUAUUAGUACCUCAACCCAGAAAUAUUGCCCAAAGGAAGAUGUCGUAUAGAAAAUCACCGAGACACAGGCCAAAGAAAUAUGUUGAAUUUAAAGUAGAUUUAGAUAAGUUGAAAUACAAUAAGGAUUUUUUAGAUUAUAUUAAAACGAAGAAAUAUAAAUAUAACUAUCCACAAACAUAUUAUUAUCCUCGUGUUAAAUACUUUAUAAAUCCUAAUACUUUUAUUCAAAAACCAAAUAAUAACAGACUGUUGCCUUAUGCAAAGCCAAUUUUGCGGCGCAACGUUUUUGCCAAUCUUACCAACUUAUCUGUAACGACUCCUAGUGAUGUAAUUUCUUUAGAACCUAGUGAUUGGAAACCAAUAAUUAUAUUGAAUUCAACUAACACAAGUAGGCCUCACAAGAAAAAAGAUAAAAAGCGUAGAAAGAAACUUAAUAAAAAAAGAAAGAAAAGGGUAAGGAGAAGUAUAGAUAUAAAUGAAGCAAGAGGUUUAUCUUUAAAAGAACGUUUUGAAGUAAAUGAAAAUACAGAUAGGGGUUUUUUAGAUUUUUUUGGAUUUCUAAAUGAUCCCUAUUCAGCUGUUAUGAAACAAGCAGAUAGUUAUAAAAAAGUUCUACGCAAUUCAUUAAAGUCUACACCACCCUUGUAUUAUAGUAUCGCGUAUAAUUUUGUAAUGAUAUGUUUAGAUACGAUCGAUGGAUUAUUUGAAAUUCAUGAAGUGAUACAUAAUCAUUUCAAUGACGAUGUGAAAGAUAUUAAAAAAACUAAGAAAAAGAUUAAGAAAAAGAAAAUUAAAAAAAUUAAAGUACCCCAUAAAAAUGCUACAUCUAAAGUCGAACACAUUAGGCAU